AUGCGCCGCGCCGUCGUGACGCCGCAGGAGCCUUGGAAUCGCAAUCUGCCCUUGUAUCAUACAGGAGACAUUACGGUGUCAAACGCCGAUUCUGCUCACUGCAUCAGGGCGCACAUUCUAGGUCGCACUAUCUUACUUUCGGUCCUCCGCUUCGCCACCCAGCAGAUCGCGAGUUCUCUCACGACAGCGAGUUGCACAAUGCCAGUAACGUAAGUGGUUUUCCUUUUUCAAAUUCAACGUUUGGUCUGGAAACGUAGGAUGGCUGAUGUUGAUUCCCUGAUGAAGGUGCUCGACAAGGAUAACUCAGGGAAUGUCGAUGCCAAGGAACUGAUGGCAGCACUUUCGGACUUGAACGUGGAUGAGGCGGUUUUCCAGGCCUUUAUAGACAAGAACGACAAAGAUGGGGAUGGAAAACUAGACCGAGAGGAAUUAUAUGAGUUCUUCAAGAGUGUCAUUAAUUAG